AUGAGAAUACUGUAAUUUUGCAUAUAAAAUUAUAAUGAUAUUAAAUUUAUAUAAAUCAGAAUUCAAAUUAAUUCAAUGAACUUUCCAAAUAAGGUAUAAUAAAAUAAAUGGAUUGAUGUACAUCUUAUUUUCCUUAUUGAUUAAAGAAUUCAUCAAUUAAGCGAUGAAAAUAAAAUGAAUUCAAACUGUUAUUCCUGUUUAAAAACUGCUUUAAAACUAUUUUAUACUUUUUUUAUAGGGUUAAGUUAAAGGUGUAUAUGCUGGUAAAAAUAAAAAUUAUACUGCAUUCACUAAUUUUAAGAUUCUUUUACAUUUAUGAACUGGGUUGUUAUCAAGUAUUUUUAUGAAUUUAUUUUCUGA